AUGAUCCCUGCUGUCAUGAAUGCUGGAACAGGCGCGUGGAGAAAUCCAGCUUCUGUUGAACAAAUUACAGUAUAUGAUCAUAAGGUUGCUGCAAAGACCGCUGAGAAUUUAUUAAGCACACUUUCGAAGCAGCCAGCAACGAAACAACCAACAGAAACCUCGAUUAGCAGUGAAACAGUUCAGUUGUGUAUUGAAGAUGGUUAGUGCAAUAAACCCACGGUCAGCCUUUAACUGUUGCUGAGACGCUUGAAACUGUAGUUUCUGUGAAAACUUGAGAACGUUUCGGUUAUGUAGGUAGACAAACUAGUCUGCUGGCCCCAGUUGUUCAAACGUUGGAUAGCGUUAUCCACCGGAUAAAUCACUAUCCAGCGGAUAAGUAUUAGGGAAACCAAUUACGCUUUCCACUGGAUAGUGAUUUAUCCGGUGGAUAGCGCUAUCCAACGUUUGAACAACUGGGGCCUGGUUUAAAAGUUUCUAUUUAAACUAUCGAUCUUUACUUGGUCGUAAAAUAAAGGGAAUUUUUGAGAAGCUGGGGACCUUUUCUUGAGGCCCCGGUAAAUAUAAAUAACUGUGAAAAUGAAAUGAUCAGCAUGUCACGAGCGUUAGAUAAAGAAAAAAUCUGAGUCCCCGACAGGAUUCGAACCUAUGACCUCCCAGACACCGGACGGCUGCUGUAUCCACUUGUCAAAGGGCUACAGUAUGUUGCCCAGUAUCCGGACGGUACCAGUAUCCGGACACUUGAAACAAAAACUCAAUUUUUGAGGCGCCCUUUUCAUUUCUCGGUAAACGAAGUAUUUCGAAUGAAAGCUGAACAUUUCAGCUUUAAGAUGAAAGUUUUGGCGAUUUGAGAGCUUGCGAAACAGUCGCAGAAAACGCCGUUCUGUUCAGGUGAGUAAACUUUUCAUGGCUAAUAUUUACGCCGUUUACUGCGCAGUAAAAUUAGUGCUGCUAAGAAAAGGGAGGGUAGUGUGUGAUAUUUUCAAAGAAUCUGUUUUAUUUUUAAAGUGAAGAUUCUUAAGGAAGUCAGGUUUUCAGAAAAUUUAUUAAUUCUUCUUGAAAUUCGAUUUGUUUGGAAUAACGGAGGCCAGAAACAUUCACUAAGUUUUGAUGUCAUGUGCCCAGUAUCCGGACAGUUUUUUCUUUGCUGUACAGAAUCGAUGAAUUAGCUGUGUACAUUAUCUGGAUAAGAUUUAUUUCAUAUCAGUAACUAUAAUUAAAGCUUAGGAUAUAUGAUAUAGUCGUAAAAUGUAAUUCUACUCAACUCCGUAUGGAAAUUUUCUUCACUCAUUGAGAGGCGACUCGAUUUCCUGUGCACGGCUUGUUUCGCGUGACUGCAUUUUCUAUAUAUAACUGAAAGCGUCUGAGUUGAACCUGGAAUUCUCAUACUUUCCCCGGUUGUGACUGCUAGAAUGGGGUUGCAACGGUCUGAAAAAUGUCACAAAGGGAUUGAGAGAUGUGAAAGAAGGAGGAAUUAGUGCUAGAAAAGCAGGCUUUUUGUGGGGACUGAGCAUGAAGAAAUCAACAAUGCAGGUCAGACUAAAUAGGAGAGUGACCUUUGACCGUCCGGUUGAGGUCCCUUCCCCAAGCUCUUUUUUUAAAUAAAAAAAGAAGAAAGAAAGUCGUUUGCAGAUUGGCUAUUUGAGCUUGCAAACUGCGGCUUCGGCAUGUCCACGGAUGCCUUCCUUAAAUCAGUGAAAAAGUUCCUAGACAAGGAAGUAAGAAUUGUAUUACGUUGUUAUUGUUGCGUCCGGAUACUGGGCCAGCUGUCCGGAUACUGGGCAACAUAGGAGCUCUGCAAAAAUAUCAAUUUCGCGACGGAAACAAAGGCAAAAAAGUUAAACUGUCUUUCGUCAUAUUAAGGACUAGAUAGAUUUUCUCUGGGCCAAAUUUCAGAGCUCUUGCGAUUAACAAAGCAAAGUUAUUGCAAUCUUAAACUGAAGUGUCCGGAUACUGGGCAACAUACUGUACUUGAGCUUGAGAACUCAUGGAGAAUAACUGGUUACCUUUACUGGCCCGAAAUCAAUGAUCAGAUCAAAAUCUAAACGACAAAAGCGAGGUUCCUAGAUUAGGGACCAGCAGUACACUUUGUUUUGUUUACUGAUAUUACCUACAAACCUAUCGAAACUUCGCUCUGUAAUGUAAACGAUAACAUACAGCUUUUCGGGCCUGUUAGUUAUCGGGACUUUCAGGAAACGGCCCCCCUUGCCGGCCCCUGGCUUCUCACACAGGCUUAAACGGCGGCCAAGAUACCGACAGCGGACUCUUUGCUUCUUGUGAUGUCGGGUCGUAAACUAAACAACCUUUAGUCGCCAAUUUUUGUCCACAUACAGCUACGCGACAAUCCCGAAAGGUAUUGUGGGUGGUUAUGAGUUAACUGUUCUUCAAAGAAGAGAAAUUUGAAAGAAUGUCACGGGAGUAGACUGCGAGCAGCCUCUCUUUUUCUUCAGACUUGGUGAGAGCAAUGCACGCGCGCGGAAGCGGCGAAGCCGCGAGACGCGCGAAACGAGGGCGGCGUGCCUCUCCCGUCUCGCGCCAUCAGUCACGCGCGUGGCCAUUUGCGUGUCUCGCGUUUUGCUCGACGGACUACGGAAAAAAGAGAGACUGCUCGAAGUCUAUCACGGGAGGGACUUAUGUUAGUGAGUGCCAAAGGAAAGUAGCAAAAGUAAUUGAUCAUAUCCCAUAUUACCUUUCGGGAAUGUCGCAUGCACAUUAUACGUAAUGCAAUGAAAUAAUAUUGGAAAAUCAAAGAAAACCUGUGCGGUGGUGGUAUCAAACCCGUCAUACUGCACACCAACCCGUUAAAACCCAAGGACUUGCUCGCAGACAAAACGCUUUGAGAUAACUGAACUCAUUUAGUUCGCCUUUCACCGUACAGAAGCCCUUCUCCUGAUCUGAUUUUGUCUUUGCAUCAAUUUUUCUUCGUAGUUACGUUUCCAUUGUAUGUAAUUUAAAUUGUUUCCUGGGAAGGGUUUUUCCCAGGGAGCUAAAAAUAAUUAGAAGGUGUAGAGAGUACAAUGUGGUAGGGUAACAUCUGGUUUUCUGACUUUUGGAGCCCAAAGAUGGACUUCACUUCUUCUCAUAUUCUUUUUCUUUCUAUUUCCGCUCCCUAUUCUGUCAACAACUGAUGAAUAAAACUUUCCAGUCGACCAAGAAGAAAAAGUUCCAAGAGAGAGUCAGAAGAGAAGCGAUCAAAGAAAUCGUAAGUUAACACUAUUGUCAUCUUUAGGUUAACCCCUUCAUUUCCUUUCGAAAAGUGAAUUCGACUCUCACAAAAAAAAAAAAAAGUUUAACAUGUUUGUACGUAGAACGCGUUAUAUACUGUAUAUAAAGAUUACCGAUUCACGGCUUGCUUAUCGUAUCGUUUUUGUCUUAAUGCAUUUCAGUUGGGACACCUGCGAUCGCGCCCUACCGACAGAGUCAGUAGUUUUGAGCUGCGUGCGGUUAUUCAUUUAAAGGUGCUUUAUAAUAAGUAGCAUUGCACCGUGAAAACGUGCGCCGUAACCCCUACUUUUUCUUACGUUUUUAUCGUCUUCUUGACUUUGACAACAGGGUGUACCAAGUUUCAUCGAAAAUCGUUGUCAGGUUCUUUUGCAAGUGAAUCAUCUUCAGCCUUAUUCUGUCUUUCUUCUUACAGGGCACCAAGAUCCAUUUCAAGUUCCGGAAGAGGAAUUAAUGCCAGAUGAAGUUGCCUUGCUUUUGGAGGAAAACCUAGCAAAAAAUGAAUUUCAUCCUGAUGAAAAAAUUUGGCCUGUAAUUUGGGACUUUGCAGGACAGGACAUUUACCGUUCUAUACAUCCAAUCUUUAUGUCAACAGAGGACAUUUACCUUCUUGUUUUUGAUCUUACAAAGAAGCUCAGUGAAAAAGCAGUAUGUCGAGUGAAUGUGGGUCACAAAGAGCACCUUGUAACAGCCCGCGAUGAUGAAGACACCAGUUUGGAUCACCUGUUACGGUGGAUGGAUUUGAUUCACUCUUUAAAGAAGGGUAAUCAGAAAGAGAAAGAGGGUAUUUCGUAUCCCCCAGUCAUACUUGUCGGUACUCAUGCUGACUGUGUAGACGAUCCAAUUAAAGAAAUGGAAUUAGUGAAACAGAAAUGUUCACGUGUGUUUUGUAAACACAGUUAUUUAUCACACAUCAGACAUCGUUUAUCGAUCGAUAACACAAAAGCCGGCAAAUCAGUUGACCAGGAAGAAAUCGAAAAUUUUCGGGAAAAGAUUCUCGAAGUAGCCGAUAAAAUGCCUCACACCAAGAGACCGAUCCCUUUGCAGUGGCAUCGUGUUGAGAAGGAAAUCAUUCAACCGAAAUGGCAAAGACAAAAGUUCCUCUUUAAGGAAUCUUUUCGUGAAAAUAUUGUUUUACCCUACUGCUUUUUCGAAAAGGAAGAUGACUUUGAUGAACUUGUUCAUUUUUUGCAUAGCCGCGGGACAAUUGUCUACCAUGAACUUGAAAAUGAUGAAGAGAAAGGUGGUCUGGUCAUCUUGGAUCCCCAGUGGUUAAUUAACAUAUUCUGCAAGAUUAUCAACGUGAAUCCACAAGAGAACGAGCCAUGGUCUAUAGAAACAGACCGAAAGGAGUUGGCAGAAAAAGGGAUUCUUUCCAAGCGGUUGAUUGAUUACACCUGCGAAGAUGAAAGUGUGAAUUCAAUCAAAGACUGUUUGAUUUCUUUAAUGGAUAAGUUCAACCUCAUCUGCCACUGCCGUCAAGAAAAAGGUGAAUCACAAAUCCUCGUCCCUUGUAUGCUGCGGCCAGCUAUGAAAUAUCAAGACAAAGAAAGUGAGACUGGAUCACCAGUACCUAUAUACCUCACCUUUCAAACUGCGUAUGUUGCAAGUGGACUUUUCCCCCGUCUCAUUGUGCUGUUUGUAAAAAAUCCGCAAUAUACAAAUAUGUACGAGCUGACAUCAAAUAAAGCCGAAUUUGUUCUUGACAAGAACAACAACCAUCUAUUUCAAAUGGAGUGCUACAAGAGUGUUAUUAAGCUGGGUUUCAGAAAAGCUGACGUCAGUCUUACCCAAGAGCAUUAUGAAUAUGUUUUAAGGUAAAAGUACUUCUUUCUUUCUACACACAUCUUUAAAAGUCGAAUAUUGUUUCUUACUGUUACUACUGUUACUUCUCUUGUUUGAUACACAUCCGUCGUUGACCUGCUAGGCAGGCAAACCGGUAACGGAUGUAUAACAUGAGCGAUAUUACUGUUUUGAAUUUGUGUUUGUGGUUUUUCGGUAAAAUUUUCGUAUAGCCCGAAAAGUGUACUCAGUGCCUUCGUGCACUACCUUCGACUCUAUCCAUAUUAACUUACCGACGCACGCAUAAUAAAUGUAUGGAGCUGUGCGGAAAUCUUAUCACAAUUUAUCGUCUCAGGUUGCCAUAGUCUACUUACAAAGCUUUAGAUUAUAAGUACAAUGUAGAGCUUCUUUUUUUUAGCUUAACGUCUUCUUCUGACUUUUUCGCCAAAACUUUAAUGGGGCUUAAAUUUCAUUCAUUUGUAGCCAGUUAGAUAAGUUCAUGGGAAAGCUUCAAAGGGAGUGUCAUUGGCUGGAAUCAAUGUCUGUGGAGUUGUGUGCUCGAUGCACAGUCUGCGUAGGAACAGAGACAGAGCCCUGCGCUAGGCACGAGGAAAGGUCAUGUAGGCACCAUGACUGUGGUCACUACAUACCCUUGGACGGAAGAGGUCUUUGCUGUAAGCCUGGUCAAAUGCUAAACAAAAAACCACUCAAGCCUUGGAUAGAGGCUAUUGAACACAUUUCUAAGGUAAGUAACGUACAGUGGUGACCCUUAAGCUUGAUACGGAAUACAUAUGCGUCAACGACAUCGUUAAAGUUUCUCAAGUGAUGUAAUUCAGAUAACGUUGCUCGUAGUUUCGAUACUUUCGCGCCGACUCAAGUUGACUGACUAAUGUAGUACAAUGAAUAUUAAUUAGAGUAAGCCGAUUUUUGACAAUACAUGUUCAGUUUUUAUGAGUUAAAACUUUAUUGUGAAAUGACUUUCGUGAUAAGAAAUUUGAUGUAUGUAUUGAGACAAAUAAGGUGGAAAUAUGUAUAAAAUGAUAUUAAAACAAGCAAAGUAAUUAAUCGUUUGAAUGAAGUCAGAAAUAGGCUAGUCACAUAUAAACAAACUACAUUUUGGGAAAGAAACGUACUGCAACACAUUUGGAGUAGAAUAUACGCCAUUUGGUUUAAUUUAUUUCUUUGCAGAGGCUGAGGCGUUCCAGCGUACUUUUCAAAACUGAUCAAUCAGGUAAGUGAUCGUUUCAGUUACACUUGAUACAUAUACCUGAGUAAGAAAAUGUGACAGCAGUACAUGACUACCAUUCUUCGUUCAAGUGAAUUAGUUUUGAGGCGUUUACCUUCAUCGUAAUCUAGUUCUUUGCAAACUCAUACCUCGAGUCUCUGCUACGCCCACUCUUUUUUGAAAUGGUUUCUGAGGAAGCGAAAAUAUUGCUAUCCAAAUAUCCAAAUAAGAUUGGUAUUUGCCCUCCAAAACUCGACUUCCUCGACGGUGGAAGGGUGGGUCGCUAGGCUUACGACUGCAACGACGGCCUAGAGUAGAGUGCCAGGGGGUCUGCCGGGGUGGAACCAGAGCCAUCCUUUUCUUGUCGUGAUUUACAUAUCUCCAGUGCAGUUUAUUCAUAUAUGCAAAUGACUUUGCAUAGUAUGUACAGCGUUUGCACGCAAAUUUUUGACAACUGACGUGUUGCACUUGAAAAUCAUGCACAAAAGGUAAUGCAAAAGUAAGGUUUACACGAAGUACUCAAUUUGAGAAUAAUAUGGCUUUUUUGGAAGGGGCCUAUAUUUCAUUCAGGCACUCGCCAAGCCGACCGUUCAGUUCUGUCACCUAACAAACUGCUAUAAACCAAAGAGAAUACUUUCUUGAUAAAUUAAAACUUGAAAACUAAUAAGCAUUAACUCGAGUCUUUCAUUACCAUUGUUGUUGUUUUCAUAGAGGAACCUUCUUUACCAGAGAAGGAGAAAACAAAAAGUGAUGAAGAACUGGAGAAAGCUGAAGGUACUUUAUUCUUAUAGCGGAGCACCGGGCGUGCGCUCGUAAACCCUUAGAAAUCGAACACUUACACAGACAAAGAAAUCAUAAUCAAAUGAGAAUCCGAUGCUGUCGUUCUGUUACAGAGCAAUACAUCAAAAUCAGUCAACUUACAGAUGCCCAAAUAGGACAUCUACUGACUAGUAUCACAUGACCGAAUCGCCGGCUUAGGUCUACUAGCUUUUUGAAAGUUAGCUAAUGACGACUAGACGUGCCCGUAAGUCGACUCAUUUGAGCGAGAGAUCAGUUGAUAAUUUUUCUUAGAUAGAAGGCUUGAGUUUUUAUUUUUCGUUUCAAAGGUAUUUAUUCAGAUUGCAAUGGUUAAAGGCUAUAAUAUCAAGUAAAUAAUUAGCAUUUAAUAGGAGUUCCACUUUGUAGCCUUUGUUAAAUUCAUAUAUUCAUUCACGUAAAUGUGUAUAACCUCUAACAGAACGUGACUUUCCUUUGUUCGAUAAAAUUGGCCGAUAUCAAUGGAAACGGUUGUUCAAAGUUCACAAAAAGGGGACUGGUAUAGCGGCAUCAUCAUUAUGCUUAGUAUCCUGAUCAAACAUGUCCUUGCUUCGGUAGAUGAAGGUAAACAAUCAACAGAAUUUUAACAAUUUACAAAGAAAGCACAAAGUCAUAUAGCUGUUUGAAACGUAAUCAUUUUUAUUUUUUGUUCUUGUCAUAGAAGAACCUUCAAGAGAGAAAAAGGAAAGGAAAAGGGAAAAGGAACUGGUGAAAACAGAAGGUACCUUCAUAACACACUUAAAGAAACAUACCUUUUAAUAGCCCUUUUUGGCCUUUUAGAGGGGGACGUAAAGGUUUAAUUUGCGGUGAUGCGGUUUUGUGUAAAAAAAUUUCUUAAGUUGCGGUGUUGCGGUUUUACAAAACCAAGCGGUUUGCGGUAUUUAGAAAUUUUCAGAUAAUUUCAAUGCGGUUUGCGGUUUUCUUAUGUUAUUCUGUGCGGUGUUUAUACGUAAUUCUGUGCGGUUUUGCGGUAUUCGCACCCUCUUUUUUUAUUUCUAUAAAUAACAACAACAAUAAUAAUAGUUUAUUUACCCACGUAACAAUAAGGAGCUUACGGAAACUCGUUUAAACGUGUACUUGAAACUAUUACUAUUUAAAAACAAUAAAACUAUAAUAGUAAUACUACUUCGAAAUGAAACCCUGAAAAUAUGUGAAUUAUAGGUGAAUAAAUUACAAUAAUUAUGAUAAUCAUACAGUAAAUCGUAAAUCAUACAGCUAAAUAUAUUAAAACAUAUGAUUUCCCAAGGCUUUUUUAAAAUCGUCGAUUCCUUGGACCUCCCUUAUUUUUGCGAGUAAGGAGUUCCACAGCAUGGUAGCAAUGUAAGAAAAAGAUUUGUGUACACACUCUAAAUUAAAACAAGAAGAACCUUUCCGAAAAAAAAAACAGAAAACACAGAAGGAUAAAAAUUCUGAAGAUGACUGGAGCGUGCGCUAUCUUGCCAUCUUGGCCGCUAUCUUGGAUUUCAUCAAGAAUUAGAAAUCAGGUAAAAACAGUGAGAUUUAAUAAUUUUUUGCGCUUAACCUGUUAAAUAACACAUAAAUAGUUACUUUGCAUCAUUUUAUCCACAUUUUUACUUUUAUUUCUGAAGAAAGUUGAACAAAUAUGCAGUUUCACUCAAAAAUGGCUUGACCACCUGCUACUUAUAACGUCGUAUCUUCUAACUAUACUAAUUGACCAUCACUAAACGUGCCUCAAAAUGCGCGCGAGGGAUAAACGAACAGCUACAGAAAACUUCAGGUGCUGGUGUUUCACCGGCUUAGAAAAAAAAAUCAGAAAAACCUUAGGAGGUUAGCAACUCCCCCCCGCCCCCUCUUCCGUCUUGUACGUCCAAGGGUUAAUCCCUAUAGUAAAGGCCUACCAUCCAUCGUUUUAGUUGAUAUCUGUGACUUUCAAGUGCGGGGGGGUAUACUUAAACGGUUUUAGAAACUGAUGAGCAUAAAGUGAAAUCCACCUUUGCUUUUCGCUUUCAUAGACGAAACUCUAAAAGAAGAAGGAAAAAGAAAAAAGCAGAAGGUGGAGGUGGAGGUGGAUAAAGGUACACACCGAGACAGGAUAAAAUAAAACCGAUUAGAAGGUUCUUAAGCAACAUCGUCCUUAGGGUCGUCUCGUUUUUGUAGUACGCACUAUGUCACUGUCUGUUUUAGUCCGUAGUUAAGGACUCGUAGGGCACAUUGUUAAUGUUCAAUCUUCGGAGCAAAUACACGCCAUCGUUCGAAGAAUUUAAUCAUUCUCUGAUUGAUUUAGCCAGAUUUUUAUCCAUCCGUAAUUAAUUGCUUCAUGUGUUGUUUGAUGUUGUUUGAGUUUUCGUAGUAAAGAAUAUUUUUGAAUUGUUUUGAAUAUUGAAAAUUACGCCGUUGCAAUAUGCAAAAACGAAACUAUAUGUAAAAAUGCAAUUUAAAUGUCACAAAUUUGCUAAAACUUUGCCUGUGACCGCCUAACUAACUUUACGUGCCAAAAGACUUAUCACUCUUUGGAAAAAAGUGCACCUGUAGAUUUCAAGUCACUACACAACGUGAACGCCGUGAUGAAUGGUCUUGCGUCUUACAAGCACGUAUUUUUUGAUGGACAUUCGGUUCCUUGUCAGCUGCAUCCUCGGAGACCUGGGGGCCGUCAGUCGGGUCGGGAAAAACGGCGGCGAAAGUUUUCAAGAAAGGGCGAAAGAGCUUCUGCGUUGCUUCUCUUAACACUGAAACCAGUUUCACGACUCAUUCGAAUGCUUGUCUCUGAUUGCAUUUUUUGCCCACGAAAAAGUCUUCACGUAGAAUGCCCAGUCACUUCCGGGAAUUUUGACAGGCAAGAGCUGCAGCGAGCCAUGAUGUGGUCUUAAAACUAAGGCAGUGACUUUAAAAGUUUUUCGACUCUGAUUGUGAGUUAAUCGUAACCAAUUCUCAGUAGGUACCACCAGAAUAACGAGAAACAUCAAAUUGAAGGUCUUACCUUCGAUUAAUGCCAGCUUAUCGGAUUUCACUGGGAUUUUCCUGCUACAAACCAACCAAAAACGCGCCAUUUUUGUAUGGAUUUUCUCGUGCGUGGACCUCUGACCUCAACAGACUGGGAAUUCUACGCGAUGCAUACCAACAAAGUUGAGCCAUCUUAAGUAUCGUUAAUGGAAAAUGAAUUACGUUUAUCCUCAGAAAUUCUUUUUGAAAAUAGGGGGUAGGGACAUCCUGAGCCGAAGAAUAGCCCACGUUCGAUAUAUUUAAAUUCCAACAUGACUACGAGGCUUCCUAGUCAUUUUUCUGUGAUUAGUUGAUUUGGUUUUCUUUGUGCUCAAGUCUCUUCUGGGAAUUGCAAGACAAUGGAGUCGUGAAAAAUUUGCAAUUUUGUCCCUAAAGCCUCGGAGUCAUGUUAGAAUUUUGAUAUCGUAAGCUAUUGGCAUGUUAGCGCUGGUAACGGUUAGGAUUUAUUCUAACGUGGGAGGCCUUCGUUUAUGCAGCUGAUUCGUUUUCCGUAAGUGACAGGGUCGUUCAUGAAGGGUUGCUGCUCAUAGAAAAAACAGAAAUCACGUUCAAUUCUUAGUUUCCGAAGGACAACGUUAACUUUUUUUUGUUUUUAUUCUUUUUUAAGAAGUCAGAGAUGGCGUAGUUACUGACGAUGAUUUGGAAGGGUUAUCUUUGCAGCUUGGGAGAUCAUGGGAUGCUCUUGCGCGGCGCCUGGAAUUCAGCGAAGCAGAAAGAGAAGGAUUUGACGACGCUUACAAAGACCUCGCAGACAAAUCUUUCCGCAUGUUGCGUAGGUGGAAACAAAAAAAUGGUCGGUCAGCAACUUACAAGGUCUUGUAUGAGGCCUUGUGUCAUAAAUUUGUUGAUCGCAAAGAUUUAGCAGAACAUUUUUGCAAUGCGUGA